CAGAGGUUCUUUGCCUCCCAGAGCGACCGUGUUGCCAAGUUCAAUGGUGUCAAGGACUCGAAUGUACGGGCGCAUCCUCCCACCCUUCCUAACCUUGCUGUUGAAUCAUGGCCGAGGAGGGGGGGAAAACAAAACAUUCACUCGAUCGCCAUGACGUUCAACAUGCGGUAGGAACCUAUACAAAGGGAUGCGAGGCUGAUAAUAUAGUAGGGCAACUACGCCGUCAGUUUGAUUGAGGGCGAUGGUAUUGGCCCUGAGAUCUCUCAGGCCGUCAAGGACAUCUUCUCCGCUGCCCAGGCCCCGAUUACCUGGGAACCCGUCGAUGUCACCCCAAUCCUCAAGGACGGCAAGACUGCCAUCCCUGAUGCCGCGAUCGACAGCAUCAUGAAGAACAAGAUUGCCCUCAAGGGUCCUCUUGCUACACCUAUUGGCAAGGGCCACGUCUCCCUUAACCUCACCCUCCGCCGGACAUUCAACCUCUUCGCCAACCUUCGCCCCUGCCGAUCCGUCGCCGGUUACAAAACCCCCUACGACAACGUCGACACCGUCUUGAUUCGCGAGAACACCGAGGGCGAAUACUCCGGCAUCGAGCACGUCGUCGUCGACGGCGUCGUGCAGAGCAUCAAGCUCAUCACCCGCGAGGCCAGCGAGCGCGUCCUCCGCUUCGCCUUCCAGCACGCCCAGGCCAUCGGCCGCAAGAAGGUCCGCGUCGUCCACAAGGCCACCAUCAUGAAGAUGUCCGACGGCCUCUUCCUGAACGUCGGCCGCGAGGUUGCCAAGGACUUCCCCGACAUCGAGUUCGACGCCGAGCUGCUCGACAACUCCUGCCUCAAGAUGGUCACCGACCCCGUCCCCUACAACGACAAGGUCCUCGUCAUGCCCAACCUGUACGGCGACAUCCUGUCCGACAUGUGCGCCGGUCUCAUCGGCGGUCUCGGCCUCACCCCUUCCGGCAACAUUGGCGACGAGUGCUCCAUCUUCGAGGCCGUCCACGGCUCGGCUCCCGACAUUGCCGGCAAGGGCCUGGCGAACCCCACCGCCCUGCUGCUCAGCUCCAUGAUGAUGCUGAGGCACAUGGAGCUGAACCAGUACGCCGACAAGAUCGAGAAGGCCACUUUCGACACCCUUGCUGAGGGCAAGGCCCUCACUGGUGACCUCGGCGGCAAGGCCAAGACCAACGAGUACGCCGCCGCCAUCAUUUCCAGGCUGUAAAGUGGAGUUUUCGGCCAGGAGACCGGGAUAGGAACGACAUUAGAUACCUCCUUUACGAGGCCCAUCACUGAGACCUACAGAGUAUCAACUGUAGAUUGUGUACCACGAAUACCUCUUUCCUUUUUUUUCCUUUUUUUUUUUUUUGUUUGUUGGGAACGUUGCUCAUGAAGGGGAAGGGCUUGAAGGGGCCCGCGAUUCUAUAAAGGGCGCCAUAUGCGCCAUAUUUGUCCUCUGCGUCGAGCUAUCUACACGAUGGAAACUCUUAUUCGAUGGACAGAAGAGAUCCGCUGCUCCGGGUGUACGCCACCAGACGGACCUAGCACACUGGGUCACUCAGCGUGCACACAGGAGUUAUCCGGGUUUCAUCAUUGCGCGAGGAAUCUAGGGACCUGUUAGCAGUGGAAACCAGCAUGGCUGGUCGGGGGUUGACAUGCUAGAUAGUCAAUCGACUGAAGUAACGAAA